UGUCCGCAGUGUAUUGGAGGACAGCAUCGCUUUGCAUAGCCCCUGCUGUGUCGUUUGAUUCAUCAGCACAAGUGACAAGACCACAAGGAUGGACCGCGAGCAGAGCACCCAUUCGCCAUCGCGGAUGAAUGCUCCUCGAGACUACCAGCUGUGGCUCUUUGACAGAGUCAAGAGGGACAACAGCAUCGUCUUCAUGCCAACAAACACAGGUAUGCAAGGCCGCACUCAACGCCCUCUGCGGUAAUUCGUGUGUAUAUGUGUGUGUGUGUGUGUGGAUGGAUGGAUGUGUGUGUCUGCAGGGAAGACCCGCAUAGCCACGCUGCUGAUCGACCACGUUCUGAAUCAGCCUGAGUGCGCGUCCAAUAUCAUCGUUUUUUUGGCGCCAACGUACGUCAAGAAGCACUCUACUCCUGAGCCCACUCAUACGCACUCCAUUCAUUCGACUGUCAGGAAACCGCUGGGCGCCCAGCAGGAGGCCGUGAUUGAGCUCGAGACCCGGGCAGGGCCCGUCCUCAUUCACGGCGAUGUCCGCCUUGUGGGACCUGACUCAGGUAGCUACGAAGACACGCACAAACAAGACGGCGAGAAAGUGCGGCGUACACAGACAGUGGUAGUGUGUGCGCACAUUCAGACAACUGGGACGAUCCUUUGACGUGGGAUCGACUCUUUUACGACUUGGAGGGCAACGCGGCGACGCCAUUCACGUCUGUCGGAGUAGAUCAGGACACCCUCAAGUCGUUCAGGACGUCGUGGAUGGACGACGCGCAGCAGACCGCCGCUGCUGAAGACGCGUCGGAUGUCUACAGCAGCGUGUGCGGGCCGCCCCGCGUAUUCGUGAUGACGCCCGCCAAGAUGGUGGAGCUGCUGCAUCCCGGCAUGAUUCGCCUGGAUAGGGUGGCGCUGAUGGUGCUGGAUGAGUGCCACCACGUCAAGGGAGGCGACAUGUACUCGUCCAUCAUGAGAAACUUCUACGAUAGGGUGCCGGUGAGCAAACAGGGGGAAACCAAGGCAGAUCCCAACCGGGACGUAAAUAUGAUGGCGCAUGUGUGUGUGUGUGUGCGUGUGUGUGUGCAGGUGAAAGAUCGGCCACACAUCCUCGGUCUGACUGCGUACCCAUCGAAAGGGAAGGCCAAUGCAUAUGAGGCGAUGGCCCAGGAUGAGAUCCAUGCUAUCGAAAGAGUGCUGUGCGCGCGACUGAUCGUCCCACCAGCAGCCCUCUUGGAACCCUUCUGCCCCGUAACCAAAGCAAAUGAAGAUACUGCGUCGCACCAGAGUCCAUCGAGUCUCUCUCCCUCUGUCUGUCUGUCUCUCUCUCUCUCUCUCUUUCUCUGUGUGUGUGUGUGUGUGUGUGUGUCUUCAGUCCGUCACGGAGGAGCAGCUCAGAUACGACGUGCCGCCCCCAGACAGCCAUGCCGACUGGCAAUCCGUCCUCGACAACCAGCUGUGGGCACCCCUCUUCGCCACGGAGAUCCCGGCUGCAUUCGACAGACAGGACAAGGAGGCCCUUGCUCACCUCAAUCCAUCCCUGACGGCCGACCAGUGGAUCGAGAAGGCCAAGGAGCACGUCACUAAACGCCUGGAGGGGGUGAAGGGAAACGUGUCGGUGGUGUUGACCGAUGUGGGUAUCCGUGGGGUGGUGAAUGGGCUGACGGUGGUGGCGCAGAAGGGCGGCAUCAUGGUGGCCGACGACGAGGACCAGAGCAGCGACGCAAGUGGCCCUGCGCGUAAGAAACAGAAGCUGCCCCCGGACGCAGGUGCCGAUACAGACUGUGCUUUUCCCGUUAUAUGUGUAGAAGAGCUCUUCUUCUCUGGUGUAUGCAGGUGCGCCACCUGACCUGCUGCAGGAGAUCUAUCAGCUGCCACUGCAGCUCCUCACCACAGCCCUUCAACCAAGACCAACAGGCGCCGCUCUGGUCGCCCCACCCGAUGCACCCGGCCCCUCGCCCGUCCUGAGCGAUCACAUGAUGGACCUCCUCCUGACUCCCAAGGUCAAGCUGCUCCGCGAGACCAUCCUAGAUGCACUUGAGCCGUUCAGAGUGGCCGGUGCUGGCGACUUCCAACUCUAUGGUGACUCUGCCGGCUCGACAACGGCAAUCCGCCACUACUCAGCUGCAGUGCACCAGCUGAAGGUGCUCGUGUUUGUAGAGCGGCGGCUUGCUGCUGUGGCUCUAAAGGCUGUGCUACAGGAGACCCUCCGAGGGCCGGAUGGGAGGGGUCUGACUGUAGAGGUGGUCAUGGGGACCAACGCCAGUGCGGCGGGCAACCCUGGCAAAGUGGAGUUUGAUGGUACGCACGGAAGGGCGAUACAGGGAGUGUGGGAGCCCUUCUUCGUGCGCCUGCCUGUGAUGUGCAGCCAAGGCCCAGGACGCCAUAAUGGGUCGGUUUCGGGACACCACAGCAGCAGGCAUACAAGUGCUGGUACGUACGGACACACGACCACAGGCAGGCAAACGGAAGAUGAAUCAAUCGCUCGUGUGCGGUGCGCAUGCGUGUCUGUCUCAUCCCCUGGCUGUCCAGAUCUCCACCAGCGUGUUAGAGGAGGGCAUCGACGUCCCUCUCUGCAACUGUGUCGUCCGCUUCUCUCCCGUCGUCACCGGCAAGGAGAACGUCCAGUGCCGCGGCCGGGCGAGAAAGGCCGGCUCGCGCUACAUCCACCUCAUCCCCAACUCGCAAGACGGCAUCGCAAUCCGGCACCGACUGGCGAGCUAUCAGCGAUUUGAGACGCUGCUGAGAGAACAGGCCAAGGCCAACCAAGAGGCGGCCAUGAGAGGCGAGGGCGGAGCGGUGGGGGCUGGGAGGGCGGUGGAGAGUCCGUAUGUGACUGUGGAUGACGUGGAGAGGGAGGCCGGUGUGCGGCCGCUCUUUGUGCCGGCGACGGGCGCUUAUGUGCCGCCGGACAGGGGAUUCGUCAAGGACAAACUCUACAAGUGAGUGGACAGCUGACGGCUGACCUACAGCCAUGCAUCUCUGAUUCUGUCUUUGCUCAUGAUGUAGGCUGUAUCAUGCGUACAAUCCGCUGUCUGGCAAGUACGAGAGCGUCUACGGCAUCAUGGUCCUGGAGAAGGAGAAGGAGACCCUCUCCUACGACCCCUCCACACACACCGCCACACUCACCCUGCCCGCAUUCAAGUAA